UUUCAACAUAUCUGUAAAUGUUGGUAUUCCAUUGAAGCACCUUUUUUAGCAAAACAAAACAUAUUUAGCUUAAACUUAAAUUAAUCAAGAUAACGAAGUCAUGUCAGAAGCUCUUGUAAUUGAUGGUAGUUACCUGGAAGGUGGGGGGCAGAUACUGCGGAAUGCACUUAGUUUGAGUUGCAUUCUUCGCCGGCCUAUCAAAGUUACAAACAUACGUGCCAAUCGUCCUAAUCCAGGGCUUUCCAAUCAGCAUUUAUUUGGUUUGAAUCUUCUGCAAAAUAUAACCGGAGCCCGCGUUAAGGGCAAUCACAUCAAAUCGACUGAGGUGGAGUUUUAUCCAGGUGACAUUACCUCUGGGCGAUAUACUGUGGACACACGAACCGCUGCGAGUGUUGCGUUAGUGCUGCAAGCGGCUCUGCCUGUAUUAAUAUUUGGAAGCAGCAAGUCAGAAUUGGAUCUAAUAGGAGGAACAAAUGUGGGUAUGGCACCACAAGUGGAUAGUAUGACAGAAGUUUUACGUCCAAAUUUGGAAUUAUUUGGAAUAUCCUUUGAUUUUGAUUUAUUCAAACGCGGCUAUUAUCCUCGUGGAGGAGGACAUUGUAAAGUACUAGUUCCAGCCGUACGCAGCUUAAAGCCAGUGAACUUAGUUAAUUUCGGUGUUGUAAGUGAAGUGUCUGGUUGGUGUUUCGUGGCAGGCAAGUUGCCAUUGCGUAUAGCGGAGGAUAUGAAGCAGGCUGCGGAACGAGAGUUACAACAAAUAUGUCGAAAUCCACCACAAUUGGAAGCAUACAAAGAAAGCUUAGAAGUUGCACGUGAUAAUGGUUCUGGGGUAAUUUUAAAAGCGGUUACUACUGAAGGAUGUACCGUUGGAUCGUCAGCGUUGGGUGAACGGCAAGUUGAUGGUCGUGUUUUGGGGAAAAGUGCAGCUGAUGAAUUAACAAAAUAUUUGAAGAGCGAAAUUUGUAUAGACAGUCAUGUGCAGGACCAAAUAAUAAUAUUUAUGGCUCUUGCUCAUGGGAUAUCAAGAAUACUCACAACACCUCUCACCCAGCACACUCGUACGGCCAUGCAUGUGGCCAAUCUAAUGACUGGAGCUAAGUUUGACGUUGAGGAAAUCGAUUCAAAUAACCGAGUUAUAUUAUCUUGUCAUGGCAUUGGAUAUGAAAACAAGCAAAUGUAAAUCUAAUUUAUUUAUUUGUGUUAAAUUAUAUAAACGAGACUUAACUUA